AUGGCUGCCAAGCAGGGAAUUCCGAUUUACACGAAUCUCAGUGAUCUGUUUGGAAGCCUGGGUGUAUCGCUCAAGCAUGUUAAACGGUGGAACGAUCUCGCAAUAGAGUUUGGGAAGAGGUUCGGAAAAAAACCUACGUAUAUCUCGAGAGCUCCGGGACGAAAUGAUGUCAUCUCCUGUGAACACAUCGACUACGCCUUAUUCGGUGUCUUGCCUACUGCUAUCGAGCGCGAUAUUUUGAUCGCUUGCGCGCCCAGGGAUGCAGCAUCAUUGGAUCACUCUCCAGGAAGCGUCAUCGCAGACAAUAUGCACACGAAAUACACGCGUCAAACAUUCGCGCCCAGCCAAGCAUGGCGUUUAGAUAUCGACACGAAGGAGUUGAGGUGGGAAAGUUAUGUGAAAGCUGGCUACUAUGGUGUCCUCAACCAUCAUUUCGCACCUGCGAAUCCCUGUGAUAACGAUGAGGUCCAGAAACCCGUGGCGGUAGACCUCCUUGUCACCGGGUCUGUUCCUGCUGGAUCUGGCUUAUCAUCAAGCGCUGCCAUGGUGGUAGCUAGUACAUUGGCUUUCUUGGCAGUGAAUGGGAAGGCUCUAUUAAACAAGGGUGACCUCGUUAGAAUUUCUAUGGAAAAUGAAAAACGAGUUGGCGUCAACAGCGGAGGAAUGGAUCAAGCGGCGUCUGUCAUGUCCGACCCUUCAUCGGCCCUUUACAUUUCAUUUCACCCCGAGCUUAAAGCCGAACCUGUGCGACUUCCCCCUGGUGCUGUUUUUAUCGUCGCCAAUUCUCUCGUCGUGUCAGAUAAAGCUGUCACUGCUAAGCGACGGUACAAUCUCCGUGUGGUCGAAACCCUUGUCGCGGCUCGUAUACUCGCACGUUCGCUCCGACUUGAUGUUGGUGAGAAAGAGAAGGUCACGCUCAGGCAAGUAGUUGGACUUUCGGCGGGGGAGAAAGAAGGAGAGGAUAUCGGUGUGGUGUCACUGAUGGGUGCCCUGAAGCGAAUUCAGCAAGAGUUGGACGUUUUGAAGCCAAAGAAGCAAAAUAACGAAGACGAAUUAGGAGUGACCAUGGAAGAGAUGAUUGGAAUGACUGGUCUUGCCCCUGAUGUUUUUUAUGAUGUCUAUCUUUCUUGGGUCGAAAUCGAGGCGACUCAUUUCCAAUUAUACCAGCGAGCGGCGCACGUAUUCGGGGAAGCUCUUCGCGUCCUUGAAUUCCGUGACGCUUGCCUUGAAGUUGAUAACCUGUCGAAGCUUGGCCAGCUCAUGAAUGAAUCGCAUUUCAGUUGCUCGACGCUCUUCGAUUGUUCUUGUCCAGAACUGGACCAGCUUACUCAUCUCGCUAGAACAGCUGGAGCCUAUGGAUCCCGACUAACUGGUGCCGGCUGGGGAGGGUGCACGGUUUCUCUCGUUGCAGAGAGCGAGGUGGACACGUUCAUCAGAAAAAUCAGAGAGACCUACCCGCCUUAUAAGGACCUCGACGGCGAGGCUCUCAACGAAGUCGUCUUUGCUACUAAACCGAGUAGUGGCGCGUGCGGUGAGUUCUACCUAUUCAUUAUGUGGGGAAUUUUUGUUGGUCUGAACGUAGUUCUUCUCGUCAGUUUACAAAGUCCAAUAAGCAAGACAAGUGGAACCAUUCAUCCCUACAUCUCUACCUUGCCUCCUUCGGAACGAUAG